AUGGCUCAGAUAACCAUCCUCGGGGCAGGGAUUAUUGGCAUGGCAACUGCUUCUGUUCUCUCACGAAACCAUAAAGUCACCAUAAUUGCGAGGAACCUCCCCGGUGACGAGCCAACAAUCGCGUGGACCAGCCCAUGGGCUGGAGCCAGUUUCAUCGCUGGAGGGUGUUCUUCGGCUCGCGAAGCCAAAAUGCAACUCGACGCAUUUGCUGAGCUGUGGCGCUGGAGUAUUGCAUACCCAGACUCUAGUAUCAAACAGAUCACCAUUGAGGACUUCCACGAUGACAAAACAGAGGACGAUAUUUGGUGGAAGGAUUACAUGCCGGAGUUCCAUUUCCUUCCUCCCGAAACCUUGCCCCAAGGCGCCAGAAUUGGAACUUCCUACAAGUCUCUUAUUCUCAGACCUGACGUCUUCCUCCCCUGGUUCAGGACGAAGCUUGAAAAAUCAGGAGUACAGUUUAGACGUAUGGAUCUCAAGUCUUUGUCCGACGCUCGUGAACUUGGUCAUGACAUUUUGAUUAAUGCCACUGGAUUUGGCUCGCUCACAUUGCAGGAUGUGCAUGAUCAUGAUCUCGAGACGAUCCGAGGUCAGACCGUCGUUGUGAAGAGCGGCUACGAUAAACUCUUCAUGCAUGAUACCGGCGAAACAUAUACCUAUGCGAUACCUCGACUGGAUGGGACGGUCGUGCUUGGUGGCACAAGGCAAAAGAAUUCAGUAUCUCCUGACGUUGACUGGGACCUGGUGCAGGAUAUUUUCACAAGGAUCAAUCGGCAUUUGCCAGAGCACUUUUCAGCAAAUCCGAUGGAUAGUGAGAUCAUUGGACACAACGUGGGUCUUCGCCCAUCUCGAAAGUCUGGUGUCCGCGUCGAAAAGGCGGUUAGCGAAGGACAAAAGAUAGUUCAUGCAUACGGUGUUGCGGGCGGCGGCUAUAUAUUCAGCUUCGGAAUUGCACGCGCGGUGAGGGAUCUGGUCGAGGAAUUCCUGUUUCCGUUCCCAGAAUCUAAGCUGUGA